UUAAUAUCGGAUACGUCGCAUUGCCAGCCAUGACCUCGUACUUGACACUGGCGUUAGCUGCGGUUGCGAUUUCCGCAACGAUAUCGACGGCUCGAGUCAUCCCGGCAGAACCUCUUUCCGUGAUGCUCGACGCCUAUGGAAACCCGGUUUUAUUCCUGAGGGAAAAACGGGCCCCGUUAAGACCCGUGGUACCACAACGUGCCAUGAUGUUCACCGGAUAUUACAGACCGGCACGCAGAUCCGAAGACGGUGAUCAAGCCACGGGGGUGUUUGCCCAAGGAAAUUCAGUCAGCGGAGGAUCGUAUUUGGGCGGAAUUCCACCAACUGGCUUAAAAAACGGUCCGGAACCGAUCGACGAGCCCGAGGUAUCCAGAGCCCAGGCUGAAGCCGCACCGGAAGUUGCAAACCCUAACCUUGGAUUCCGUGAUGAUGAUCAACAAGUUCAAGAUCAACCCGAUGCCGUAUAUUCGCCGCAGAAACCGUCAGUAUUCACUGGCGAGAAUGAUGCGGCGUCUGGCGGUCACCUCGGAACUACUACUUUCAGUACUAGUUGCAAGGAACAGCCUGAAACCCCAAUUGCGGAUCCAGAGCCUCUGCCAGAGGAUGUAGAGGAUGGAGGAGCGGCCGUUGAAAUUCCCGAGAAUUCUGCGGCACCGGAAGAAGCGGGUCAGGCACCAGCUCCCGAGGGUUCGACAGUGUUGGCACAGCGUCCGCCGGUAAAGAAGGGAAAGAAGAGACCGAUCGUUCCGGAAGCUGAGGAUGAGGACGAGGAUGACUUCGAGGACGAGGAAUCUGUCGUUCCAUCCUGGCCGGUUAGCGGAAACCGACGUCAGGGUGGCUACGUUCCGAACUUGAACAAUUUCUUCCCGAUGAUGUUUAGCUUCCCUGGAGUUUCCAGGCGCGCCGGAUCUUCCGGUUCGCUUCCUGGCGUCGUUACUGCUAUUGCCAACAGCUAUUCAACCGGGAAAAGCGGCGUUGCUAGUUCCAUUGCUACAGCUUAUGGCGGAGCUCCGAAUGGGAAGAAGGCGAGGCGCACACCUGUCGCCGAGGAAUAAAUCUCAGCCUGUCCGAACAAGAGUCUGAAAUGUCAAUGUCAAAGCCAACUAUAUACGCACACACACACACAAACACACAUAUAUAUAUACAUGCAUAGAUAUUUUGUCUACUACUCGAUCCACGAACGUGAAGAAAUACACGAAGAACUUCUGAAAUUCUACUUUUGGCAACAUUUAUGGAACAACAUUUGCCGCGGAUAUAAUUAGUAGUAGUCGAAAAUCGUGUGAAAUAGAAAAUAUUUGCAUGUAUUCACAUAAUAAUACACAAAUAAUUUGAUUCCUUUUCAUGCAUGUACGUGAAAUUUAAGUUUACAUAAUAAAUAAAUAAACA